AUGCUGAAUGAAACCACCUCACCAUCAUCAUCACCAUCUCCUCAAUCCCCACCUUACUACGAACUCUCCUCUGAUACUGAACCAUCUGACCAUCAAUCCCCCGCUCUGGCUCAGCUCCAGGCCCAUGCUCUGGCCUCUCAACAGCCAUCACAUCCUGAACCUGAACUUGAAGUCACUUCCCCUCCUCCGGAACAUCAAAAUUCAACCACAUCUGAACCACCUCAAACACCCUAUGAACCACAACCAACCCACUCUGAACCACAACCAACCCAACCACCAUCUGAACCAACCCCACAACCUGAACUAUCCUCACAAACUCACUCUGACAUACCACCACCCAUCACUUCCGCUGACCCAACAACUCCCACACUUAAUCUAAGUGCCCCUAAAUCACCCUCCUCACCCUCCCCAACCUCUGCCACUGAACCAGAAAUCCACCCUUCCUACCCUUGA